UAAUAUUAAAGCUUUAAACGGUAAAUUUACGGUUUAAUCUUUAUUUAUUAUAAAAGUACGGUACUUAAGUUUUAUAUUUUAACGUUAAUAUAACAAGUAAACUUAUUAAACCUAUAAAUAAGCUGCAUGUGUGUGGGGUAUGCUACAAGGUAGCUACAUGCAUUACCCCCCUUAUGUAGACACGUACCCUGUAUAAGUAGGUAGAUAAGUGGUAAAGUGGUACUGAACCUGAUGAACCUUGAUCGUUACAUUGAAUGCAUCAACCUGGAAGUUAGCGGAUGGUAGGAUAGGCUAAUUGGAAUUUCAAGUCUGGAGACCUCAAGGUUCGCGGAUUCAUCUAUUUAAUAACUUCGGCUUGUGCUCAUAAAUACUUGCCCAAUGUACCUUAUCCAUCGUAUUUCUUAUAUAUGUGUAUUCUCAUCAGAGGCGACGACUAGGCUUAUAAGGAGUUCUCUAACCUAGCAAGAUGGAACAACAAUUUGACGAUUUUGUCUUCGUUACCCACAAAGACGCCGACCUCGCUCAGUCCAACCCUGGUUAUCUUGGCGAUAUUAGCGAAUUCAUCGACGGCAUUGCAGAUGACUUGUGGCCAGUCAACAAGAAGAUACAUGAUAACCCAGAGCUUGGCUAUGAAGAAUUCAUUGCUCAUGAGACACUGACAAAAUUCAUGGCCAGUAGGCCAGGAUGGAAUGUGACGCCAUCUGCCUAUGGCUUAGCUACAGCUUGGGUUGCUGUGUUUGAUAGCGGGAGGAAGGGCCCAGUUGUAUCAUUCAACGUUGAAAUGGAUGCGUUGGAUGGUAUUGGACACGCGUGCGGUCACAAUCUCAUUGCUACCGCAUCUGUAGCAGGUGGAUUAGCGGCAGCCAAAAUGAUGGAGGAACAUCAAUUAAGUGGGAAAGUCGUCGUGUUCGGAACCCCCGCGGAAGAAGGAGGUGGCGGCAAGAUCAAGUUGUUAAAAGCCGGGGCUUAUCGAGAUUACAAGGUCGACAUCAACUUGAUAUCUCAUCCUGGAAUUACCAAAGACACCGCCCUAAUGCGGACCUCUGCGUAUACCGCAUUCAAGGUCGAAUACUUCGGUCGCGAGGCUCACGCUGCGGCAAGUCCCUGGCUGGGCAUCAACGCUCUUGACGCGUUGAUCACAUCUUACAAUGCAUUAUCCGUCCUCCGCCAGCAAACAAUGCCUGGUGAUGUCAUACAAGGGAAUAUUACGAAUGGCGGGGUACGGCCGAAUGUGAUCCAUGCGUAUACGGCCGGUAAUUUCGUAACCCGCGCAAACACUCAGGAGAGGGUAAAGGAACUGAAGAAGAAGGUUGAUGCCUGUUUUGAAGCCGGAGCGACAGCAACGGGUGCGAGGCUUCAGAUGACUCAUGUUCAGUCUUACGCCGACCACGUCCCCAACCGGGUGCUAGGCGCUUCCUAUCGAAAAUAUUUCAAUGCACUUUCGCCUCCGCAGCCCAUUCCGGGGAACGACAGCGUAGAUGAGGUCGAAGGCCGAACAAUGGCUAGUACGGACCAGGGCGAUAUAAGUUACGCUAUGCCUAGCUUAAGUGCAGGGUUUGCAAUUCCACCAGGACCGGGAGGGAAUGGACCUCAUAAUCCGGAAUUCGCUAAGGCGGCUGGAACAAGGGUUGCGUUUGAGCGAUGUUUGCGUGUAGGUAAGGCGCUUGCAGGUACUGCCGUAGACGUCCUGGCGCAGGAUGGUCUCCUAGAAGAAGUAAAGAAGGAGUGGGAGAGAGAGAUCAAAGGAAACUGACACUAUAAUGUUAUGUUACAACAUAUUUUUUAACUUACAUGCACUUUGCGCUUCGAUUUUAGGCUUUAGGGUGGGGGAUAGUUAGGAUAUCGCUUGAAAGAAUACUUGGUUAUUAAGAGCAAAUAUAUAAGGAUCCCUUUUUCUGGGCUGUUUCUUUUUAAAUGUAUAAGUAUAGGUGAACAUAUAGACACCUCCAAUACUAUUAACAGCGGGCACCAUCGCUUAUACUUCUGGUCGUCAUUCUAGUUAACUGGUAGAAAGAGUCAUUAGUAUGUAUUAGUUAUACCGGGUCUUUAUGAGAUAUUGGAUAUAAGAUGGGUUAAGAGAGAUGAAUGCCGAGCUCAUUGUCCUUGCGAUUCUAUAGCCGAUUUACG